GCCAUAUAAGGCGCGGUGGGCGGGGCCAGGGGCUCAGACGCUGCCGAGAUGGACGGGAGUUUCGAGGCGUGCUGGGAGGCCGCGCGGUGGCUGCGGGCGCAGUUGCGGGAGCCGCCGCGGGUGGCGCUGGUGUGCGGCUCGGGGCUGGGGGCGCUGGCCGAGGAGCUGACGGAGCCGAUAGCCAUCGACUAUCGCGACAUCCCGCACUUCCCGCGCAGCACCGUGCAGGGCCACGCCGGCCGAUUGGUCGUGGGGCGCCUCGGCUCCGCCCCCUGCGCCGUCCUGCAGGGGCGGUUCCACCUCUACGAGGGAAACGCCCCCAGCCAGGUGGUCAUUCCCGUCCGGACCAUGGCCCUGCUCGGUGUCCACACCCUGGUGCUGACCAACGCCGCGGGGUCACUGCGGCCGGAGCUCGGCCCCGGUCACCUGCUGGUCAUCCGCGACCACAUCGACCUGCCCGGCCUGGCCGGACGCUCGCCGCUCGUGGGGCCCAAUGACGAGAGGUUCGGUACCCGUUUUCCGUCCAUGACCGACGCCUACGACCCCGCCCUGCGGCGCCUGGCCCUCGCCCUGGCCCCCAAGGAGCUGCGGGCGCGCUCGGGGGUCUACGUGGGCGUGGGGGGCCCGAGCUACGAGACCCCGGCCGAGUGCCGGUACCUGCGCAGGGCGGGGGCGCACGCCGUCGGUAUGAGCACGGUGUCGGAGGCGGCGGCCGCGCGCCACCUGGGCCUGCGCGUGCUGGGGCUGUCACUCAUCACCAACUCCGCCCCCGCCGACAGCGACGACGAGGAUGACGAGGGCGGUGACGUCACGGCGGGAGGGGCGGGGCCGGGGGCGGGGCACGAGGAGGUGCUGGCCGCCGCCCAGGAGGGGGCGCGGCACCUGCGCGCGCUGCUGGCCGCCCUCGCCCCGCGAUUGGACGAGCCGGGGAGACACGCCCCGCUCCGUGACGUCAUCGCGGCGGCGGCCGCGGGAGGGGUGACGUCGUCGUCCUCGGGGUGAUGAUGUCAUCGUCCCGGGGUGUGGGGAAUGUCACAUGGGCGGUGCCUUGGGGAGGAGCCCCCCGUGAGAUGGGGGGCGGUGCCUUGGGAAUCAAAUCCCCAAAAAUGCCCCAAAAAUUCCCAAAAAAUGCCCCAAAAAUUCCCCAAAACACCCCAAAAAUGCCUUGAGAAUCACCUGGAAAUCCCCAAAAAUUCCGCCCAAAAAUAUCCCAAAAAAAAAAUCACCUGGGAAUUUUCUGGAAAUCCCAAAAAAUCCCCCAAAAAUUCCCAAAAAAAUCCCCCCAAAAAUGCCUUGGGAAUCACCUGGAAAUCCCAAAAAUAUCCCCCCAAAAUCCCUUUGGGAAUUCCCAUGAAAUCUCCCAAAAAAUUCCCCCCAAAAAUGCCUUGGGAAUUAACUGGAAAUCUCAAAAAAAUCUCCAAAAAAUCCCCAAAAAAGUCCUCACAAAAUUCCCCAAAAAAAUCCCCAAAAUAUCCCCUGGGAAUCUUCUGGAAAUCCCAAAAAUUCUCCACAAAAAUCCCCUGGGAAUUUUCUGCAAAUUCCCCCAAAAAUUCCCUUGGUAAAACCCCAGAAAAUCCCCCAAAAACACUUAGGGAAUUCCCCCAAAAAUCCCUUUGGAAAAUCCCUAAAAAAAAUUGGGGGGAAAUGGGGGGAAAAUGAGAAAAAAAAAUUGUAAAAAAUGUAAAAAAUGGGACGGGGGAGGGAAAUGGGAAAAUUUGGGUGAAAAUGAGAAAAAAAACGGGAAAAAUCUGGAAAAUCCCCGGGAGUCCCCCGGGAAUUCUGUGGCAUUCCAGUGGCAUUAAUUAAUUAACUCUGUGUCGUUAAUUAAUUAAUCCUGUGUCAUUAAUUUUCGUGUUGUCACAUUUGCGCCGGAUUUUGCCUUAAUUCCCCGGAAAUCCGCCAAAUUCCGUGCCGUUAAUUAAUCCUGUGUCGUUAAUUAAUUUCGUGUUGUUAAUCCCGUGUCAUUAUUUAAUUCCAUCUCAUCAAGUCCGAGUCAUUAAUGCCGUGUCAGUAAUUAAUUCCGUGUCAUUAAUUAAUUCCGUGUAGUUUAUUAAUUCCGCGUCAUUUAUUAAUUCCAUGUAAAUAAUUCCGUGUCAUUAAUGUCCUCUUACUAAUUCCGUGUCAAUAAUAAAUUCCAUGUCAUUAAUCCCGUGCCAUUAAUUAAUUCCAUGUAGUUUAUUAAUUCUGUGUCGUUAUUUAAUUCUGUGUCAUUAAUCCCAUGUCAUUAAUUCCGUGUUAUUAAUUAAUUCUGUGUCAAUAAUUAAUUCCAACUCAUCAAUUCCAUGCCGUUAAUUCCAUGUCAUUAAUUCCGAGUAAUCAAUUAUUCCGUGUCAUUAAUCCGAUUCAUUAAUUCCGAUUCAUUAAUUAAACCCCGCUCAUUAAUUCCGUGCUAUCCCGGUCUUUGUCCCCUCUGGAUUUUGCCUUAAUUCCGUGUAAUUAAUUAAUUGAUUAAUUAAUCACCCCCCCUGUAAUUAGCUCCAUUAAUGAGCGGCGACCUCUCAGGGCCAGGGUUAAUUAACCCCAUUGAUUAAUUACCCCGGGCUAAUUAAUCCCCUCCAGAAAUCCUUCCAGGUUCAUUAGCCUCGUUCUGGUAAUUAAUUAGUUAAUAGGCAUUCCAGGCUAAUUAAUCCCCAUUCCUUAAUUAUUCUGGAUUAAUUGGCCCACCCCGUUUACUGCCCCGGGCUCAUUAGUGCUGUCACUUUAUUAAUUAACCUUAAUUAAGUAAUUGCUGCAAUUAAUUAUUUAAGGCUAAAUAGCUCCUCAAUUAAUUAAUUCAGGGUAAUUAAUGAUUAGUUAGCCCAGGCUGAUCAUUAAUUAUUAAUUAAUAACACUUCAUUACCCCCCCAGAUUAAUUAACUCAGGGCUCAUCGUUGCCAUUAAUUAAUCAAUCCAUGCUAAUGACGUCUGCGGUUAAUAACCAAAGGCUAAUUAAUCACGGUGCUUAAUUAAUUGAUUCUGCUGCUUUCAGGGCCUUAAUUAACCCUAAUUAUUAUUAAUUAAUCAAUGAUUAGAGGCUAAUUAGCCAAUUACUCAUUGGGCUGCUCCGUCGCCAUUUGCGCUGCUCGUUAAUUAAUUAAUUAAUUAAUUAAUAAUUAAUCAGACAUUCCAGCUCGUUUACAUUCCAGGGCGCCCCUCCCCCGUGGCCAGUUAAUGAAUUAAUUAAUGAAUUAAUGAUUGAUUAAUAAAAGGGAGGGGUGGGCGUGGCCGCGGCCGACGGUUCGUUAAUGAAAGCUCAUUAAUGCCGAUUAAAUUAAAGGCUGUUUGAAAGUUC